AUGACGGCAACAAUGCGUUCUUUCUUUCUUCCUGCGGGGUACGGGAAACCUUCUACAUACAAGCUGGGGGAGCUCCCUAAACCAGCAGUCUCAACGCCGGAUAAUGUGUUAAUAAAGGUUCAUGCUGCAAGCCUAAACCCCAUUGACAUGAGGUAUGCGGAAGGAACCAUGAAGCCAAUGCUUCCUGCACAAGAGUUUCCUUCGAAGAUUGGGUAUGAUGCCAGUGGUGUUAUUGAACAAGUAGGGGACGAAGCGAAGAAUCAGGGGUGGAAUGUUGGAGAUGAAGUUUUUGUGAGAUUGCCGCAUGAGCAUAGGGGGAGUUUGAGUGAAUACGCCCUUACGACAAGUUCCUAUGUGGCUCGGAAGCCGAAGAAUAUAUCUCAUGUGGAAGCGGCGAGCUUACCAUUGGUUUCUAUGACUGCCUACCAGGCUUUGGGAAGAAUUGAAGGCGGGAGAGAGGGGUUAAAGGAUAAGAAUGUACUAGUUACUGCCGGGAUGGGUGGAGCCGGAAGCAUUGGUAUUCAGAUAGCGAAGGCAUUUGGAGCACGUGUCACCACGACGAUGUCUGGAUCGAAAAUGGCAAGAGCAAAGGAGUUAUUGCCCGGGGUUGUGGAUCAAUACAUCGAUUACAAAAACGAGGAUCCAGCUCAAGUCAUAAAGCCCCGGUCACUCGACUUUAUCUUCGACACUGCUGGAGGAAAUGUAUCAUCGCUUUUCCCCUUGCUAAAAGAAAAGCACAAAAUGAUCUCUAUAGCCGCCAUGCCGAAUGGUGAUGGUAUGAGAUCUCAUUUCCCAGAUACACCGUGGUAUGUUUCAUCCGGAUUGGAUUUAUACGCUUGGUGGAGGACCACUGGACCAGCUGAAAAACGGGGGGUCGAGUAUGAUUACCACUGGUUGAAACCAAACGGGGAGGAUUUGGCAGCAGUGGGAAAGUUAGUGGAGGAAGGGAAAGUUAAGCCGGUUGUUGGAGAGGUCCAUAAGUUUGACCAAGCCGGUUGUAGGCAAGCUGCUGAGGUAGUUAUGGGGAGGGGCAGUAGUAAUGGGGGGAAAGUUGUGAUAAAGAUCGUAGAGUAA